UGCUCUACGGUUUGAAUUUUAGGCGCCAUUAGGAUGUAAUCCAAUCAGAAGGAACAGUCGAGGAAACGUCAUUGGAGGCAAGUCUCGGGUGUAGCCAUAAAUAGCACGCGCUUCGCAUUCAUCUUCACAUUCGUCCCUUCCAACGAAGCUAAGUAAUGGCAAGAACCAAGCAGACUGCCCGUAAGUCUACCGGUGGCAAGGCGCCGAGGAAGCAGCUCGCCACCAAGGCAGCGCGUAAAAGCGCACCGGCUACCGGUGGCGUGAAGAAGCCUCACCGUUACAGGCCAGGAACUGUGGCUCUGAGAGAGAUCCGUCGCUACCAGAAAUCCACUGAGCUGCUGAUCCGCAAGCUGCCCUUCCAGCGUCUGGUCAGAGAAAUCGCUCAGGAUUUCAAGACCGAUUUGCGCUUCCAGAGCUCUGCUGUCAUGGCUCUGCAGGAGGCUAGCGAGGCUUACCUGGUUGGUCUGUUCGAGGACACCAACCUGUGCGCCAUCCACGCCAAGAGAGUGACCAUCAUGCCCAAGGACAUCCAGCUGGCUCGUCGUAUCCGCGGAGAGCGUGCUUAAGCCUUUCCCCUGAAACCAACAACGGCUCUUUUAAGAGCCACCCACACCUUCCUAUGAAAGCAUUGUUUCUACCCAGC